CUUCCUCGUCGGCCGAGUCCUUCCGGCGAGGCCCCGAGCCCGGCCGCGGCCAUGGCGGAGCUGACGGACGCGGAGCUCCGCAAGGAGCUGGUGGCGCUCGGCUACCGGCCGGGGCCCAUCACCGACACCACCCGCAAGGUCUACGUGAAGAAGCUGGGCUGCCUGAGAGCCGAGGUGGCGGCGGCGAAGCGCAGGGGCCGCGGAGCCCCGCCUAGCCCGGCCCGCAGCGCCGGCAGGCCGCAGCAGGCCUCGCCCUCCCGGCCUCGCCUCGGCUUCGGCCCCAGCGGCAGGGAGAAGGAGGAGGAGGAGGAGGAUGAGGAGGAGAUGGAGGACGAGGAGAUGGAGGAGGACGAGGAGGAGGAGAGGGGGCAGCCGCCAGUGUCCCGCUGGGAGGCCUCAGGGGAGGGCGGCAGGCUGGCCUGGGGGGGGGCCCGGUACAGCGGCAGGGCUGAGGGGGGCUCGGCCCGGGGGCUCGGCUCCGCUUCCCAGUGGUACCUGGACGAGGACAGGAGCGGGGGGCGCACGGCUCGGCCAGAGCCAGCCCUGGAUGGGUUUGGGGGGCUGAGCCCCGCGUCGCCAUGGGGCACGUCUGCAGAGAGAGGGGGGAGGCUGAGCGCGGGGUCAGCGCUGGGCACCGAUGGGUUUCGGGUUUCGGGCUCCUCAGUGUUUGAGGGGAGCUCAGCAGAGAGAAGCAGGGGGCUCAGCGAUGUGUCUAGGCCAUCCCUGGAUGGGUUUCGGGAGUCGAGCUCCUCAUCCCAGUGGAGCACAUCUGUGGAGAGGGGCGGGGGGCUCAGCGCCAGGGCUGGGCUGAGGACGGCCCUGGAUGGGGCCGGGGGGCUGAGCUCCGAAUCCUCCUGGGGCACAUCCACAGGCAGAAGUGGGGGGCUGAGCUCCAAACCCCUUUCCAGCGAUGGGAGCGGGUACCUGCCGUCUAGGAGCAGUUGGGGCUUGUCGCUAGGACGAAGUACAGGGCAGAGCUCCCCGUCUCUGUCAGAGACAGCAGGAGAUAGGAAGGGUCUGUCCUCCUACAGCUGGUGGAAGCAGGAGAGCGAGGUAGCGCCCAGCACCCACUGGGGAUCUGCAGCGGCACGUUCUGGCUUGAGCCACCAGUUUGGGAGAGGGGAAGAGGAUUUGCUGUCCAGUGUUCGGAGGAAGGAGGACAGGGAGCCGAAGCCUGGCGGCUGGGCAGGGGGCCUGGCCCGGCGGCUCCCCUGGAGCUCUGCGAGCAACGCAGGGCUGGCCUCGGGCAGCCGCUGGGAUGCAUCGGCAGCAGGACAGGGAAUAACGCCCCGCACAAAGCUGCUGCGGACAAACCCCAGGCAGCGGAUGGAAGGAAAGGGCAAAGGCCUCGAGUACUACCUCUCCAAGUUCCUUUUCCUUGCCAGCUUCGUGCUGCUGAUGAUUUUUCUGGGCAUCCUCAUGGUGAAGAUGAUUGGGUCAGGCUGGCUUGACAAGGGAGAGGAGAACUUUAAUCUUUUGCAUGUGGAUUGUGACAAAAGAACAGAUGAUUUCUGUCAAGCCAAGCACAAGGACAUAAUAAUGAACAUACUGCAUGAGUUGUAUAACUACUUGUCCAUACAAGCCGGUAAUUUUGAAUGCGGAAACCCUGAGAAUCUAAAAAGCAAAUGCAUUUGGGUUAGUGAAGCAAGGGAUCACGUGGUGAAUAUAACUGGUAGUUCCCCACAGAAGUUUGAGGCUGCCCUGCACUGGAUACUGAACAGUAACAAGGAUUUAGGAAUAUGGUUGAGAGGCACAGACCUUUCUGAACCAGUUACCAAGGCGGAGCAAGUGGUCUGUCUCGAAUCUGCCCAUCCUCAGAUGGGUCUCGGCUGCCGUUUCCGUCGGGCAGUGGUCACUGCCAUCAUGAACCUUUUCCUGUUUUUCUGGAGUCUGGUAACUCUUUGGGGGAUCCUGAUCUUCCUUAGGUACCGCUGGCGGAAGAUGGAGGAAGAGGAGCAAGCCAUGUAUGAGAUGGUGAAGAAGAUCAUAGCCGUUGUCCAGGACCAUUACAAGGAAUGGGAACGUAACUUGGAGCGUUACCCCUAUGUCGGCAUCCUCCACGUUCGGGACAGCCUCAUCCCUCCUCAGAGCAGAAAAAAAAUGAAGCGCGUCUGGAACAGAGCUGUGGAGUUUCUGGCUUCAAAUGAGUCACGGAUUCAGACAGAGUCACACAGGGUAGCAGGAGAGGAUAUGCUAGUAUGGAGAUGGACUCAGCCUUCGUACGUCUCAGAUUCAGAACACUAAAGAGGAGCAGAAGUUGAGCAACUGUUGAUAUGUUCCUCUGCAAGGGGGCAGUCCCUUCUCUGGUGGUGGGAAAGAGCAGGUCACGGUCCUACUCUCCUUGGGUUGGGGAUUGCACGUAUCUGUUUGCUCUUCUUUCUGAAAAUCUUCACACACAAAAAUUCAGGGCAAUAAUGUUGGCUCGGAAAGAAUAUGGGCUUGAGCUGGUGGGAAGCUAGAAUCACACCAAAGCCUUCCAGCAGAUAUCUGGCUUCUGUAGGCAAGCAUGCCUAAAACAACUUUUUAAAAAGAACAAAUUUUUAUACUUGAUAUCAAGAGACUUAGGAUCUCUCUGACAAUGGUUAGGUUUUUAAAAUUUGACCUCAAUUCUGCAAAAGCCAAUUGGUGGCAACAUCCAUCAAGGAAUGUGUUUAAAGGAGAUUAACAUUUCCCAUGGAAACAUUAGGGUGGCAGUAAAGAUACAUUUUGUUAGAAUUUGAUUUUAUCAGUACAAAGGUAGUGAUGAAAGCACUUGCUGCUUCCUUAAAGGGAGAAUGUUUGUGUCUGCUUCACCCUUCAAAAAUGGGGAAAAUGAGUAAUAAAAAAUCAGGUGGAGGUCGUCGUAGAGGGAGGGCAGUUUGAUGUGCCUUGAUGGUUUGGGCUGGGCUGGGGAGGGAGGGAUGGAGGAGCGUUUGUGAUCCUGCUUCACUUUUUAAGUCUGCAAUCUCUGUGCUUUAUGUUUUCUGGGGGGGUGGGGGGAAUUUGGGUGAAAAGCAAAGAAUAUAGGAAGUAUCAGAAAGCGCUUUCUUGUGGCUACAGCCAAAGGGACUGCUUUGUGGGCUAUUGAAGAGCAGCUUUGGAAAGUUUAUUAGGGCUGAAUGUACAUGUUUAUCCUGGGCAGCUGCAAUGUGUGUGCUGUGUGUCAGAGCAGAGCUAUUACAAUGCUUGGAGUGUCAGUGCAGGGGUUGCCAAGUCAAUGUUCCUGCAGCCUCGCGACUGGUACAAGGAGCAGCGAUCAAUCCUCUGUGCAUGCUGCAGGCAUUGUCUUUUGUAUCUGCCAUAAUUUAAUUACUUAAGUUUGGUUUUAUAUCCAGCAAAGGACUGUUUUUUGUUUUUGUGUUUUGUUUUUUUUUUGGUGUGUGUGUGUUUAUAUAUAUUUUUUUUUCUUCCAAAGAAAACAGCUUCAGUGCGUGGCAGCUUAGACUGGGCAGAGAUACUGUUAAUCUACUUUUCCCAGUGCUAUAAAACUGCUGUCCAGGUCACCACUGAGACAGCAGGGACCAAAUUCAUUUCUGGCAUAAGCUGGUAAGACCUGCAGAGAGAAGCCAGCAGAUAUUUGAACCCAUGUAACCAGCAGAUGUUUUUAAUCUUACCAUUCUGGGUACCAUGUGAAUGUUUGCGUUCAUCUCUGAUGCUGGAUGGGUGGAGAGCUUCCUCUCCAUGCUCUGGGCUGGCAGGUAAGCUUAGGAUGGCUGUCAGAGCUCUCCUGCCUGGUUUACGGGUUGGGGAUGCCACGUGGAAGGCUGGUUCCUCGUGCCAGUCCCUGCUCACCUCCCUGUAUGAAGUCUGCACCUCUUCCCCCCGCUGCUGGUUUUGCUGGGGUGUUGCACUCUGCAUCCUGCAGGCUGCAGCGGAAGGAAGGCAGAGACUCCUUGCAUGCCUCCUGCUAGCCAUCAGCCAAAAUGGGUGGAGAGAGGAACAAAACACAGGAGGUCUUGUGCAUUACAUGGGAGGUGUCCUGAACGGAGUUGAUUCUUAUCCCUGUAUUUCGGUUUCGGUUGCAAAGGUAGGGUGUUUGACCAAAAGAGGAGAAUCGACAGCUGUCUUCAAGGCAUUAACCACUAAACAGGGAAUAAAGCGAAGGCAGCCUUGAUUCUUCUGAAAUGUUGUAACGAGAUCUUCACUGCUGUCGUCUUUGCAAACACCAGUGCCUACAUUCUUAAGCCUUUUUUAAUGUUUGCAGGUUUUGGGUUAACUUUUUUUAACCGUCCAAACCCAGAGUGAAAGGUCAAGCAUUGCAGUCAUGUUUUUGUAUUACAAUUGUUUUUGUAGAAUAAAUUUAACUGGCUUGGUGCUGUUUAUUACACGUUCAAUUUAGCUUUGUAAGCCAAUAUAUAAAAUAAAUUUAUUACAAAUGA